AUGCCGGCAGGAGCAGCACCAAGCGUGCCUCUCGACAAGAGGACCACCGCAUACGAGAACAUCUUUGGUCGUCCCUCGGCAAAGCCAAAAGGCCCACAACCUCAAGCUUUUGCCCAACCAUCCAACCCCGCCACCGGCCCCUUCCGUGCCCCGCCAAACUCGUAUGCCGUCCACCAGCGAUGGAACGGCGCUCCUCCCAACGUCUACGCUGCUGCGCCCUUCACUCCUAACGUCUACAUCGAUCCCAACUUGGCCAUCUCGAACAAUCCCACAUACUAUCCUUCCGCCUAUACACCAGCUCCCUCCGACGCUUACGAUCCACACGCCGCCGAUCGAAGGAUCAGCACUGCGCCGUCGCUCGCCGGCUCAGACCCUAGAUCCUCCAUGUCCAGCUACUCGCACUACAACGGCCUCGCAGCCGGUGCAGCCGUUGCAGCCAGCGCAGCCAGCGCAGCCGACGCCUACCGAGUCCCUUCCACCUCCGCCACCCCCGCCAGCGCCUACGCCACACACUACCUUGAUCAACACCACUCUGGCGCCUCCAGCCAUACCACCAACGCUGCCAGUGCUUCCAACGUAGAUCAGCAUCCCGCGUCAACUCCGCCGGGCAACUCGGCCUCCAGCUUUGGUGCCACCACCUCGAUCUCCUCCAUGACCUCGAACAAACUGCCUGCAUCAACCUCGCGCUCGCCCGCCGCCACCACUCCCGCCACCUCGAUCUACAACGGCAUCCACCCCGGAUCCGCGCUCGACGACGAUGACGACGACGACGAUGCGCUGCCCACCGGUGUCUUUACGCUUCUGACCGACUGCUACUCACCCACCUGCUCGCGCGACCGUCUGUGCUACAGCAUUGCCUGUCCGCGACGCCUCGAGCAGCAGGCGCGACUCAACAUGAAGCCACAACCUGUACUCCAACGUAGCGUCAGCAGAGAGUCGCUCAACGACACCAAGGAGCGAGGCGCGCUGUGGGCCGAAUCCGUCUCGAAAGAAGUCUUUGACAGCAUCAAUGACACCGAAAGAAAACGCCAAGAAGCCAUCAACGAGGUCAUUUACACCGAACGCGACUUUGUCGCCGACAUGGAAUACCUCCGCGACCAGUGGGUCAAGCCGUUGCGCACCUCGGACGUCAUCCCCGAAGACCAUCGCGACGACUUUGUCACCCAGGUCUUCUGGAACCUGCUCGAGAUCCACGCCGUCAAUGCCAAGCUCGCCGAGCUGCUCACCAAGCGCCAAAAGCAGGCCGACAUCGUCGACCGCAUCGGUGACAUUCUGCUCGAGAUGGUGCCGCACUUCCAGCCCUUUGUCAAUUACGGCGCCCACCAACUCUACGGCAAGUACGAAUUCGAAAAGGAAAAGUCAUCCAACGCCGCCUUUGCCAAGUUUGUCGACGAGACCGAACGUCUGCCACAGUCACGCAAGCUCGAGCUGAACGGCUACCUCACCAAGCCCACCACUCGACUCGCACGAUACCCCUUGCUGCUCGAACAGGUUGUCAAGUAUACCCCGGAGGAUCACCCGGACAAGCAGACCAUCCCCAAGGUCAUCAAGAUCGUCCGAGAGUUCCUCACAAAGGUCAACGUCGAGACCGGAAAGAGCGAGAACCGCUUCACGCUCGCCCAACUCGACCAGCAACUCGUCUUCAAGCAGGGCGAGGCGGUCGAUCUGCGCCUUCGAGACGAACAGAGAGAGCUCGUCUUCAAGGGUCCGCUCAAGAAGCGAGGCGGUACGCAGAGCGAAAGCGCCGAGCUACAGGUCUUCUUGUUCGACCACGCCCUGCUCAUGGUCAAGCCCAAGACGGUCAACAAACACGACCUCUACAAGGUCUAUCGCAAGCCCAUCCCUCUUGAGCUGCUUAUCGUCACCGUCUACGACGAGGUCCCCACAGGCAAGGGCUCCUCGACGCGCCCCAAAUCCAUCAUGUCGCGCACUUCGACCGGCACACGCUACAGCGCCACCCCAGGCACAGCGCCCAAACAGGACGCCAAGACCGGCUACGCUCUCACCUUUACCUACCUCGGCAAGAAAGGCUACUCGAUGACGCUCUGGGCCAGCACCUUUGUCAGCCGCAAAAAGUGGUUCGAGAACAUCGAGUCGAGACAAGACAUUCUGCGACAGCGCAGCAACAUCUUUGACACGAUCACACUCUCGGAAAACUUUUUCCUGGGUCCCAACCGAGUCAACUGCUCGGUGCCCUUCGACUUUGGCCGCAGGAUCAUCUACGGCACCGACGAUGGCGUCUACCUCUCCGACCUACGUGAAAAGGCGCGCCCGCCCACCAAGGUGCUCCCCUUGCCUGGUGUCACACAGGUCGAUGUGCUCGAGGAGUACCAGAUCCUCAUCGUACUUGCCGAAAAGUCGGUACACACCUUCACCCUUGACGCCUUGGACCCAUCGGACCCAAUGGGCUCGCUCAAGCGUGGCCGCCGCAUCUCGUCGCACACGUCGUUCUUCCGUGCCGGCAUCUGCUUGGGUCGAACGCUGGUUUGCGUCGUCAAGUCGAGCUCUUUGUCUUCGACCAUCAAGACGCUCGAGCCAAUCGAGCAGAACGUGCGCGGCAAGAAGCAGCCCACCUUUAAGAAACUGCUGCAGGGCGGACAGGACACGCUGCGCGUCUUCAAGGAGUUUUACAUUCCCACCGAGUCGAGCUCGAUCCACUUUCUCAAGACCAAGCUUUGCGUCGGCUGCACCAAAGGCUUCGAGAUCGUCGACCUCGAGACGCUCGACACGCAGGGCUUGCUCGAUCCGGCCGACGCCUCGCUCGACUUUGUCCACCGCAAGGAGAACGUCAAGCCGAUCGCCAUCUACCGCAUCUCGGGCGUAUUCCUGCUGUGUUACGACGAGUUUGCCUUUUACGUCAACAAAAAUGGGUGGCGCGCCAAGGGCAACUGGAUCAUUCACUGGGAGGGCAAUCCGACGUCGUUUGCUUACCAUCAUCCGUACGUGCUGGCCUUCGAGCCGAGCUUUGUCGAGGUGCGACACGUCGAGACGGGAGCGCUCCACCAGGUUAUUACCGGUGUCAAUCUGCGGUGCCUGUUUGCCGAUGUGCCACCGCCCACACCGAGCGUGCAGCAGCAGAACGCACAAGCGGCGGCGGUGAUGCGAGUCAAUCCCUUCAACGCAGCCAUGGCCGGGCCAUACGCACGACCCAUGCCGCCUCUGCAGAACGGAAUGGGUCCACCCAUAGCACCGUUCGCCGCUGCACGACCGGGCUUUGUGCCUCCGCACGCUGCCAACGGCACCAUGGUGCCUGGAGCGCCUGGUGUGGCCGGCUACGGCGCCGGCGUCCGACCGGUAGCGCCGCCGAUGCGACCAGGAGCACCGCCCUUUCCUGGAGCGCCUAUGGUUCAUCCGGCCGCCGCAGCAGCUGGAGGCGCCUUCCCGCCCGGCGCACGUCCGCCUAUGCCGUAUGCCUUCCAGCAAGCAUCGGCACCAAGACCGCCACCGGUGCAACGCAAUCCUGUGUGGGAGUCGGUCGCUGCCAGCCGCAAUCAAAUCGUGUUUAUUGGCGACACGACCGUGUUCUGUGUGCGGCUGCACACCGACAAGGACUCGAGCAGCGGCACUAUCUCGCCGUCGAGUUCGGCCAAGGGUUGA